AUGGCGCUUGAAGACUAUCUUGAACCCCUUUGGCGGCUAGACAUCAGGGCCUUCAUGCUACGCGCUCUGGUUAUAGCCACUGCUUUUUUGCUUGCUCUACAAAUCCGAAAGGCGCUAAUAACCAGAGCGAAACUGAAGCACAUUCCGACGAUGGGGUCGUCGGGUCUCAUAACGUCUUGGAUAGACGCCUUCAAGUUCAUAUUUCAUGGGAAGGAAAUCAUUCAAGAGGGUUAUACAAAGUACUAUGGGUCAGCGUUUAAAGUGCCCUUGAUCGAUAAAUGGAUGGUCGUCGUGAGUGGCGCCGAGAAGAUUGAUGACAUCCGGGAGUCCACGCUCGAACAGUUGUCUUUUCUGGAUGCAACCGUAGAUGUGAGUGUUCCUUUCUAUAUUGUUGACCCGUACCAGACAGAAGUUGUACGAGGCGCUCUGACUCGGAACAUUGCUACCUGUUUUUCGGACGUUCAAGACGAGAUAAAAACAGCUUUUGAAGACAAUAUACCCAUGACCGACGACUGGAUUGAAGUUUCUGCACACCAGACAAUUUUGCAAAUCGCCAUGAUCCUGAUUACAUUCAAACUCAACAUUGAUUUCACUAUCGACGUUUUCGUUUACUCUCGUGUCAUUAACCUCUUCCCCAGGAUCCUCAAACCACUUCUGGGAACCCUCUUCACGCCUCGCAGGCGUGCCUUAGCCAAGAUGAUGAAAUUCCUGAAUAAAACCAUACGGGAACGCCUGCAUCAGGAAAACGUUCACGGAAAAGACUGGCCAGGAAAGCCGUAUUCUUCUCAUGGACGACAUAAUGACCUCCUUUCAUGGCUAAUCGACGCAACUCAUGGCGACAAAGAACGACGCACAAUACAGGACUUAAGCUCUCGAAUGCUCAGCGUGAAUGCGGGAGCGAUUCAUACAACCUCUAUGACCUUUACGACUGCCGUCUAUACCUUGGCCAUACACCCAGAGUACACUGAGACUCUCAGAACCGAGGUGGAAUCCGUCAUCAAUGCAGAAGGAUUCACGAAAGUUGCAAUGGGAAAGAUGAAUCAGCUUGAUAGCUUCUUGAAGGAAGCGCAGAGAGUGUAUGGUAGUGUUGGCACUUUUGGGAUGCGUCGCGUCGCUCGAAGUGACUUCGCGUUCUCAGAUGGGACGGUCAUUCCUGCAGGCAAUGAAAUCUCUGUGGCUGCUUUGGCUACGAAUACGGACGAGAGGAACUAUGAAAAUCCAUUAGAAUUCAGACCGUGGAGGUUUUUUGACAAGAGAAAACAAGAGGGCGAGAGUAUUCGUCACGGGAUGGUCACUCCUAGCUUGGAUUUCAUUUUCUUUGGCCUUGGGCGACCGGCAUGUCCUGGCCGUUUCUUCGCCGUCAAUGAGUUGAAGGCUCUCAUGUCGUAUGUUCUUCUGAACUUUGACGUGAAGAUGGAUAGGCCGCCCUCCUCCAUGUGGUUAGCUGGUGAUCAGAUACCCGAUCAGAGAAGCAAGGUGUUGUUUAGGAAGCGCGUACGUACAUCGUAA